AUGGCAAGAUCAGCACAGCAGCGCUACGCCGAGAUCUUCCGCGACGUCGAGGAUCUUAUACUUGAUCACAUCAACCAGCAAGCUCUGUCGAACCCACGGUCGAAACUCAGCAUGCUCGUGCCUACUAUCUCAGCCUUCUUUACUCCACUAGCUCUGGAAGACGCGUUCAGGUAUCAAGACUCGGUGCGGGCCAUUUCGUCACGCCGUUUCGUCGCUCCCUCCUUCAAUGAUAUCCGUCUCAUUCUCAACACAGCGCAAAUUAUGGCAAUGGUCCGGCCGAAGCCAUACAGGCAGCUUAAAUUCAGGCUGGACCCUGGGCUCGAGCUGCUGACGUUUGAUGGUGAUGUUACACUAUAUGAGGACGGAGCGUCGCUACACUCGCCUGAAGCCAACCCAGUGAUUCUCAGACUUGUUCAUUUCCUGGCACACAACGUGAAGAUCGGGAUUGUGACGGCCGCAGGCUACACUCAGCCGGAGCACUACUUCAAUCGGCUUUCUGGUCUUCUUGUGGCCGUGAAAGAGUCCAAGGAGCUCACAGCAGCUCAAAAGUCCAACUUGAUCAUAAUGGGAGGCGAAUCCAACUUCCUCCUUGUUUUCGACGAGACGCAAGAACAUUGCCUACGCUACAUUCACCGACGAGAAUGGAUUCUCGAUGCGAUGAAAGACUGGACAGAACCGGCCAUCAAAGAGCUCCUCAACGAAGCUCAAGCUGCGUUUGAGUCGUGUAUACGUACGCUUCGUCUGCAAGCCAAAGUCCUCCGCAAAGAGCGUGCCGUUGGAAUCUAUGCUGCUGAUCAGUCCAAGAGGCUGACCCGAGAGCAGCUAGAAGAGACAGUCCUGGUGGUGCAACGGGUGAUUGAGACAUCGAUCAAUACAGGAAGCUCCGACAAAAAAGCCUCGUACGCUCACAUCCCGUUCACAGUAUUCAAUGGAGGGGCGGAUGUUUUCUUGGACAUCGGAGACAAGUCAUUAGGGGUAAAAGCUUGUCAGAAAUGGUUCGGAGGCAUUCCACCUUCAAGCACCCUGCAUGUGGGUGAUCAGUUCCUAAGUGGUGGAGGCAACGACUUCAAGGCACGGAGCGCCUGCUGUUGUGCGUGGAUUGCGAGCCCAGCAGAAACUGUGGCCUUGCUGGAUGAGGUGGUAACUCUGGCGAAGGGCGAGUCCAAGUGGGCAUAA